AUUUCCCUACAUCAUCUGAGCAGGAGGAGCUUGUCCCAUUCAACAUAGAAGUUCACAGCAGCUGCAGUUACUUUCAAAGCAGUGACUGUGAAGCUUAUAUUUGUCAGCACCUUUCUUGGCUUGUUGGUCACGUUUUACGACCUGGAGAAGAAUGCAGACCCAGUCGGGUUCAUCCACAACAGCCACAUCCAACAGUUCCCCUGAACAAACUUUAAGAGCUGGAGGAAAAUGGUUUAAAAAAUUCUGGCGAAGCCCCACAGUUCGACCCAACAACAACGGUUCUUCCAUUACUAAUGGACACCAAUCACCUACUGAAGAAGAGAUGCCAGUUGUGAAUCCUAAUUUUGAGGAAUGCCUUGAAGGACAAUACCUGUUUGAAGCAGCUCAACUGUUGAUAGACAGGGAGAAACAUCUGUUUGGAGAGAUAACCGAGGCUGAUGCACUUAAAGCUCACGAGGAAGCAGUAAAAAAGCUUGCUGCAGACCAGAAAGCCCUUGAAAAGCGUAUAGAGCAGACCGUGCAGCAGAGUCUUUCUCUCGGCCGUGAGGAAGAGGUGUCUGCUUUGACAUCUGCAGUGAAAGCCAUCAACCUUGAGGAAGAGCAGGACCAGCUGUGGAGACAAAGAUGCCGGACACCACCAGCCUGGAGGCCCAAGAAGUGGAAGGAGCACCAUGACAAAGUGCUUCAUGAAUUAGUGUAUAGUCGUUUGGAGAACCCAUCAAGCCCCACUGGUGACCAGGAGAACCAGUCCUCGAUCCAGGCAGACAUCCAGUCCAUGGGCAGGCAGCUGAAGGAAGACAUGGAGUGGGUGGUGGAGGUGGUGAAGAACUGCUACCCACCAGAGAUGGACAUCUGUAACUUUUAUGCAAGACAGUACCAUCAAACUUUCAGCGCAAGACUCAAAAAGAUUGCAGACUUUGUUCUGGAUGACAAGGACUGCAGUUUCCUCCUGCGAUGGGUGAAGGAGUUUUAUCCAGGAAUCCUUGAAAAACCUGAGCUGGCCAGUAAUAUCAAUACUAAAGCGCUGGGAAACCUGCUUCCUGAUGAGUUACUGAAAGCUCUGGAGGAGCAGUACCUCAGCAAACAACAGUGAAAAACAUGUUUCGGCUCUGCUCAAACUCAAGACAAACCUCUCCAAAGCCGACAGGAAAAUCGUCAAAACCACUCUGUCGGACACACUGAAAGAGAGCCGUGCUGAUCCUGGAACCCGGAGGUUUUUCUCCAAAGUUGAAGUGAGAUGAGCCGCACAUUUGCUUGUCAGAGUAUCACUGACUGAGAGUUUGGUUGCACAGCAGCAAUAUUAUUGUGUAUUAUAUUGUGUCACAGUCUCUCUGUAAAGACAUACAGAGUGAAUGCCAUGGAAAAACCUUCAGAUGUUACUUAGACUGAAAUCCCUAUUAUACGCAGACUCUGUGAUGGUGAAUGCUUGCUGUAGUCACUGUAUGUUACUGUAUACAUAAGCUAGAUGUCACAUUCAUGCUGGUAAUUUUUGUGCAUUUCAUGUAAAAUGUAUGUUUGUAAAUAAGUAUGCAAGUGUCUGUUUUUACACACAAACAGGUCAGUGUCGUUCUAUUAUAUGUCGUUUUGUUUAAAAACUACAAUGAUGUUAAAGUCUAGUUUUUUCAUGCCAUAAAUACUAUUACAGAGAAUUAUACAUGUCUGAUGUACAUAAAUAGAUGUAAGUUCAAAUUUUUUAAUAAAUGUGCAAAAACCAGCUCAA